AUGGAAGAACUUACAGCUUUUGUAUCCAAAUCUUUUGACCAGAAAAGCAAAGAGAGCAGCAGCAGCAGUAGCAGCAGCAGCAAGAAGGAGACUAUCACGUACAGGGAAGUUUUGGAGAGUGGGUUGGCUCGAUCUAGGGAGCUUGGAAACUCUGACACUAACCUGCAGGACAUUACUGAGAGCAGCAACCAUUGCCCGGUGCAUCUUUUCAAAGACCAUGUAGAGAGUGACAAGGACAAACUGAAAGAGUUCAGCACGGGCAGGACUUCGGAAGGGAUCUACGAGUGCAAAGAGAAGAGGGAAGACGUGAAGUCAGAGGAUGAAGAUGGACAGACCAAGCUCAAACAGAGGAGAAGCAGAACCAAUUUCACACUAGAGCAGCUGAAUGAGCUGGAAAGACUUUUUGAUGAGACUCACUAUCCAGAUGCCUUCAUGAGGGAGGAACUAAGCCAGAGGCUGGGACUCUCUGAAGCUAGAGUUCAGGUCUGGUUCCAAAACAGGAGAGCAAAGUGCCGAAAGCAGGAGAAUCAGAUGCAUAAAGGUGUGAUCCUGGGAACUGCCAGCCAUUUAGACGCCUGCCGAGUAGCCCCUUAUGUGAAUAUGGGAGCCCUGAGGAUGCCUUUCCAACAGGUAGUCCAAGCGCAGCUGCAGCUGGAAGGCGUGGCCCACGCCCACCCCCACCUCCACCCGCACCUGGCCGCCCACGCUCCCUACCUGAUGUUCCCCCCGCCGCCCUUCGGACUCCCCAUCGCCUCUUUGGCCGAAUCCGCCUCCGCCGCUGCGGUGGUGGCUGCUGCUGCCAAGAGCAACAGCAAAAACUCCAGCAUCGCCGACCUGCGACUCAAGGCCAGGAAACAUGCCGAGGCGCUGGGGCUCUGA